AUCCAGUUCCUCAGUUUGAAGCCACCCAGCCAGGUUUUCCCUCCAGUCGUCUGAGGUCACUGCAGGGCAGGAAGCAGACAUGUUGAAGAGGUUCUGCUGGUUCCAAGCAGUAUUAUGAGCAGCAGAGGGACCCAGAAAGUCCUGCAGGGCCUGCGCACAGCCGGUUCUGCUCCUGCAGGAUGGAUCGGCUCAGGCUUGGCCUCCAGGUACUGCAGACUUACAGGUGAGCUCAGAUCUGGAUCCAGCAGGGCCCUGUCAGGAUCUGGUUCAGGCAGAGGCAGCAUGAAUGUGUUCAACAGGGAGAUGAAGAAGAGGCAGAAGAAUUGGGCUGCGGUUCUGCAAAAUGGUCACCAGUAUGACUACCUGAGGGACGAGGUCGGCAGCCGAGUCGCCGAUCGGGUCUACGACAUCGCCAGGACAUUCCCUCUGGCUUUGGACAUUGGAGGAGGAAAAAGUCACAUCGCAGAACAUCUGAGCAAGAACGUGGUGGAGCGUUUGUUCCUGACAGACAUCUCCCAGCAGACUCUGAAAUUCCAGAGGCAGAGUGAGAUUCCCACUCAGCGCGUUCUGGCUGACGAGGAGUUUCUGCCGUUCAGGGAGAACACCUUCGACCUGGUUCUGAGCAGCCUGACUCUUCACUGGAUCAACGACCUCCCUGGAGGCCUCAGACAGAUCCAUCAGAUCCUGAAGCCAGACGGCGUCUUCAUCGGGGCGAUGGUGGGUGGGGAGACGCUGUACGAGCUGCGGUGUUCCCUCCAGCUGGCUGAAAUGGAAAGGGAGGGAGGAUUCUCCCCCCACGUGUCCCCCUACACCGCCGUCACAGACCUGGGGAACCUGCUGGGUCAGGCCGGCUUCACCAUGCUGACUGUGGACAUCGAUGAUGUUCAGGUUUAUUAUCCAGGAAUCAUGGAGGUCAUGACUGAUCUGCAAGGUAUGGGUGAGAGUAACUGUGCGUGGAACAGGAGGUCAAUGCUGCACAGAGACACAAUGUUAGCAGCUGCAGCCAUUUAUAAAGAGAUGUACGGCAGCGAGGACGGCUCCGUUCCCGCCACCUUCGAGAUCCUCUACAUGAUUGGCUGGAAACCUCAUGAGUCUCAGGCCAAACCAGCUAAGCGAGGCUCAGCUACGGUGUCAUUCGGAGAUCUGUCGAAUAUCAGCUGACCCAGCAGCACUGAGGAGUCUUAAGAGUUUAUGUGACCUCUUUGGGUUAGAGGCAGAAGGAAGCUGUGUCACAUCAGGUUAGGCUUCCAGUAACAAGAGGUUCAGGUUCUGUCCAGCAGAUCCAGAAUCUCCAUCUGACUUCAGCCUGAACUGUGGUUAUAACAGCUGUAAAUGUUGUAUAGAAACAUGUUUCUGGGGAAAUAAACUGAGUAAUCAGA